CAACCAGAAACAAUCCAACUGUUAACAUGGCGAUUUUCGUCAUUCCCCGCAUGUCAUUUGGUAAUUAUUGCGUGGCUGUUAUGGGAAAAUAUUACAAUUGUGCAAUAUUUUUUUCUUUUUGACACAUUUUCUUUGUUUUAUUAACUAUUGACACUGAAAAAUGAGCGUCGACGCCUACGGUCCGAGCUCCCAAACUUUAACAUUUUUGGAUACUGAAGAAGCUGAUAUUAUCGGUGCGGAUACACAAGGAUCGCAAUAUGAGUUUACUGACUACACGCUUCCUUCGCAAAGCCAAACACAGGCCUCACAACAUGACUAUGGACUGUCAACAUCGAAUCAGGUAAACGGUUUAGGUCGUGUGGAUCUCACAUCCAAAAUAUCGAAUGUGACUAACGCUAUAGCGGAGCUACAGUUUGAAGAGGAAGAUGAGGCUUUGUAUAGCAGCAAGGAGCUUCCAGAGCAUGCAUGCAAGUAUUGUGGCAUUCACGACCCAGCCACUGUGGUCAUGUGCAACAUCUGCAACAAGUGGUUCUGCAAUGGACGAGGAAAUACUUCCGGAUCUCAUAUUAUAAACCACUUGGUCCGGGCAAAACAUAAGGAGGCUGCUUUACAUCGUGAUGGCCCUCUAGGAGAGACAUUGCUUGAGUGCUACUCUUGUGGUGCUCGCAAUGUCUUUGUUCUUGGUUUCAUACCUGCCAAGGCUGAUUCUGUCGUGGUCCUAUUGUGCCGCCAACCUUGUGCAGCUCAAAGUUCAUUGAAAGACAUGAAUUGGGACCAAGAACAAUGGAAACCACUGAUAGCUGACCGCGCGUUCUUGUCUUGGUUGGUGAAGGUUCCAUCGGAAGCUGAACAAAUGAGAGCUCGUCAGGUGACUCCUCAACAAAUAGGACGCUUAGAAGAACUGUGGCGGGAUAAUGUUGAUGCUACGUUUCAAGAUUUAGAAAAACCUGGAGUGGACGAGGAACCUCAUCAAGUGUUGUUGAGAUAUGAAGAUGGUUAUCAAUAUCAAAACAUCUUUGGUCCCUUAGUCAAGCUGGAAGCUGAUUAUGACAAGCGUCUGAAAGAGUCUCAGACUCAAGAGGGUAUUGAAGUCCGCUGGGAUGUUGGUCUCAACAAGAAGACAAUUGCGUACUUCACAUUGGCCAAAACUGAUAGUGACAUGAAACUCAUGCAUGGAGAUGAGCUAAGAUUGAGAUAUGUUGGUGAAAUGCAGAAGCCCUGGUCUGGCGUUGGUCACGUGAUCAAGGUGCCUGAUAACUACGGAGACGAUGUCGGUCUUGAGCUCAAAAACGGCGCCGGAGCACCGCUCGACUGCACCUCUAACUUCGCAGUCGAUUUCAUCUGGAAGAGCACGUCAUUCGACAGAAUGCAGUUGGCUCUGCGUAAGUUUGCUGUGGACGAUUCAUCUGUAUCGGGCUACAUCUAUCGUCGCUUAUUAGGUCAUGAAGUCGAAGAAGUGCUGUUCCGCGUACACUUGCCAAAGCAUUUCAGUGCGCCUAAUCUACCUGAUCUCAAUCGCUCUCAGGUGUAUGCAGUUAAACAUGCCCUUCAACGCCCUCUCUCGCUGAUCCAAGGGCCUCCUGGCACUGGCAAAACGGUUACUUCCGCAACUAUCGUUUACCAAUUGGUGAGGCAAAAUGGAAGUCCUGUCCUCGUUUGUGCACCGUCUAAUACUGCCGUCGACCAGCUGACGGAAAAAAUCCACAGAACAGGGUUGAAAGUAGUGAGGUUAUGUGCCAAGUCACGUGAAGCAAUGGAAUCCUCAGUUUCUUUCUUGGCACUACACGAGCAAGCCCGCGCCCUUGGCUCAGCAGACAGCGAACUGCGAAAGCUAACCAGACUAAAGGAAGAAGCUGGGGAGUUGUCUGCAGCAGAUGAGAGAAGAUACCGUGCUCUACGUCGCGCAGCAGAGAGGCGUCUAUUGGAUGCUGCAGAUGUCAUUUGUACCACCUGUGUGGGUGCCGGAGACCCUAGAGUUGCUCGUAUGCGUUUCCAAUCUAUCCUUAUCGAUGAAGGUAUGCAAUCUACGGAGCCUGAAUGCAUGGUCCCCGUGGUACUGGGGGCGAGACAACUUAUCCUCGUCGGCGACCACUGCCAACUCGGCCCUGUUGUGAUGUGCAAGAAAGCUGCCAAGGCUGGUCUUAGCCAAAGCCUUUUUGAGCGUCUGGUCGUUCUGGGUAUUCGCCCAUUCCGUCUUGAAGUUCAAUACCGUAUGCAUCCAGAACUGUCGCGAUUCCCGUCCGAUUUCUUUUAUGAAGGGUCAUUGCAAAACGGAGUGAGCGCCGAGGAGCGACGUCUUCAUAAGAUUGAUUUUCCAUGGCCAAGACCCGAUCGGCCUAUGUUCUUCUAUGUAACACAGGGCCAGGAAGAAAUUGCCGGGUCUGGCACAUCAUACCUAAAUAGGACUGAAGCAGCCAACGUAGAGAAAUUGACGACGCGUUUCCUUAAAGCAGGCGUCCGUCCAGAACAGAUAGGCAUCAUCACGCCGUAUGAGGGCCAACGUUCUUACCUGGUCCAGCAUAUGCAAUACCAAGGGAGCCUGCACGCAAAAUUGUAUCAAGAAAUCGAAGUCGCCAGCGUCGACGCAUUCCAAGGCAGAGAAAAAGAUAUAAUCAUAAUGUCUUGUGUACGAUCCAACGAGCAUCAGGGCAUCGGUUUUCUCAGUGAUCCGAGGCGUCUGAACGUCGCGCUCACUCGCGCCAAGUACGGUCUCAUCGUCGUCGGUAACCCGAAAGUGCUGAGCAAGCAACCUUUAUGGAACCAUCUGUUGGCCUUCUACAAAGAGCGGAGAGUGCUAACUGAGGGCCCGCUGUCCAACUUGAAGGAGUCUGCGAUCCAAUUCGCCAAACCAAAGAAGCUGGUGAACGCGCAGAACCCCGGCUCGCACUUCAUGUCGACGUCGAUGUUCGACGCGCGCGAGGCGAUGGUGCCGGGCUCGGUGUACGACCGCGCGCGGCCGCCGCGCGACCCGCUGGCGUACGUGGCGCCGGAGCGCGCGGCGCUGCUGCACGGGCCCGUGCCGCCCGCCGCCUUCCCGCUGGCGCGCGCCGCGCCCGCCCCGCCGCGCCGCGACCCGCGCCGCCGCCCGCCGCGCCUGUCGCAGGAGCCGCUGUCGCAGCAGCCGCCGCUGUCGCUAUCGCAGGGCGCGUCGCAGCCAGACUUCAGCCAGGAGUCGACGGCGCCGGAGUGUCCGUCGCAGCCGGACGGUCUGCUGUCGCAGGACUCGACGUACCAGGGCGGGUUCCGGGCGCGGUGCAGCCAGUACUGAGAGCGGCCGAGGCGGCGCGCCGACCUCUCGCCCGCGGGGUGAAGCAGCCGCGGCGCUGAGCCCCCGCCCCGCCGACGACGGCCCCGCCGGCGGACUCCCACCGCGACUGGAACGUUAGUCUUCGCCCGUCGACGCUCGAACCGUAGAAUGACGCGCGGGGGACGCUCGCGCGGUAGAUGCGUGGGUGAAUUGUAACCAUACAGGGAUAGUAUUUUAUAGGGUGUUCGAUCAAGCCGAGAACGGAAAUUGUACAACGAUCGUCAUAUCAGCAUUCGAGUACCGCUCGACUCGUGGCAAGAGACCGCUAGAUAUCAGACACGUGAUACUGUAAAAUCGACAUUUCUAUAAAUUCAUUACCUUACUAUCCUUUUAAAGAUUUAACAACUAAUUUGAAAACGAGUGGAUUAUAAGGUAGUACAGUGUCGUCAAACCACAUUGUAGAUUUCUUGAUUGUGAUGAAGCCUUCAUUACUGAGUCAAAUAAAUUCAAAUGUACCUAUUAAAAAAUAUGUAGUUCAAACCAUUCUUAAAUGUGUUGUAUAUUUUCGAACUUUUUCUAUAUUGAUAAUAUCAUGAUACAAAUAUUAAGUGACUGCAUGAAUAUAUUCAAUAAAAAAAUAAAUAUUAGGACAUUUUUGCAGACAACCUUUGACUUUUUGUCGUGUCGUCCUCUCGUUUUUAGGUCUAUACUACAACCACUCAUGGUACUUUUCACAAAGAGUACGCAAUACGACCAUCUGUAUUAGCAUGAAGUAUAUAUUUUUACAUUAAAUUAAAAAUCAGAAAUUUGUUAACCACAACGUGUUAGUGAAUAUAUUGUUUAUUAGGCGAUACAUACAAUAAUUAUUGUAAUGGUUUGUUUUCGUCAUAGGGGAUUUAAAUGUUCACAAAAUUUCAUUAUAAAUCAUCAACUACAUCCAACAGUGUUAGAUCUAAAACUGUCUUACUAUUAGACGAAAAAUCGAAAAACAUCUUUAUUGUUUUUCCUUCCUUCAAAUACACAUUUUAAUAUUAUAUACAGUAUAAACGUAUUUUUAAAUUGGAAACAAAUAUAUGUAGCACUAUGUUGUAACAAGUAUGCGUAAAUUUUUGGAAGUUACCAUUUCAGACAUUAUACUUUGGAAGAUUUUGUAUGAGCCUUGUGACAACUGUUAAAGUAAUAGAUCAGUGAUUGGAAGCAUGUUUUAAAUAGAUAAUUAAUAUCGAUAAUUGUUAUAAUUUUUAUCCAUUAAAAACAUGUGAUAAUGAAUAGUACCUAACUAAUAAUAUUUCAAAGAAAUAAACCAGCGGUAAUGUGUAGUAAGUUUUCUAUUUGUUUAAAGGUUUUGGGUUGUACACAUUAUUAUUUACAUUCAAAUAAAUAUUUCGAUUAGUUUUGUUUGCUAAAUCGAUAACUUAUGAUCGGUGCUAAGAUUAAAGGCUGCUUACUAUUACUGCAGUUGCACCAAUAAAAAAAUAUAUUUUCGCGUACGUCGUAACGUUCACGAAUACGGAAAUCAUAGUUGUGAUUCUAAUGACAGCUGCCACAGGACUUGUCCAAGUCAUUAUGAAAUUUAUGUCUUGACGCACACGAGCGUCCAAAAUCUAAGGGUAGAUUCUGAUCACAAACGGGAUGUCAGACAGGUAACAUCAAAAUUCUUGUGAAGUAUUAUAUGAGUAAUAACUUUCGUAAUAUACUUGUGUAGCAUCUUUUGUUUCUUAUCUUACGCUAUAAACGACGGCAUGUGAUCAAAGCUAUCCUGCAUAGAUUGUUCGAAAAUAAAACAAUGAUAUAGUAAAAAAGUAAUAAAAAUGUUUUAUAGCAAGCCUUUAUGCAAAAGGAAGCUGUUCUAGAUUAGUAAAUUUUCCACAUUAAAGUAUAAUAUUUCACUAAAAUGUAUGAAGUCAAGUCACUUUUACUGUAAUAAGCGUAAACACAAUGCAUUGCUAUACUUGUAUUUAUUAAUACGGUUUUUCUGUUCUGUUCCAAAUCUGUUACUCAACUCACAUUACCAAAUUUACCUCUGAUAUUGAAAUUCUAUUUUCAGAUAUACGAUUUACCGCCGUUUUCAAUAAACGAUCCUAUAUAUAAUUUUUUCCUAUCUGCCGCAAAAGUGGACCAAUAGAACAAAGGUUUUUGGACAUGCUUACAAAUUACUUUUUUAAUUGGUUUACGCUUCGGAUCGGCCGAGAAUUAAAAUUGAGAUCAUUUAUUGAAAACUGUUGUUAGAAGAUUUUCUGGUAAUUUAAUUCAAACUUAUUAAUUUAAAGAAAUUCUUGUUUACUUAUACUCUUUCAAAAACACUUAAGGCUAUUAAGAUUAUUCUCACUGUCAAUUGUAAAUUAUGAACACAAAUCUCAAUGUCAUUAGAUUGUAUUAUUUAUUAUUAUAUUCUUUCUUGUUUUUGUUUGUGAAGGAAAAUCAAUAAAGUUGUUAUGAUUUAAUA